AUGGCGCAUCAGUGGGCCAGGAGGGUCACUGGCCACAACAGCGCAGCCUUGCACAACCAGAACCAGCACCAGGAUAACCAGCAGGAACAAGAACAAAAAAGCCCUGCCCAAAAACUGGCCGAACGUGUCCACUCGUGGAGCACAACUGAGCUCGACUAUCGACCGGACAAAGGCGAUAUACGGGCACGGAGUCACCCACGGAUCAUUCUCCACACCUCCACUUCCAGAAACGGGCAGCCUGAAUAUUGCCCACAAGCACUUGCCAGCUUGUGCCAAGGACCCUGUGGACCAAUGUUUGAAUACCUCGCAGAAAACCUCAAAACUCGCUCCAAGGCUAAGCAGGACAAGGACAAUGCGGAGCAAACUCUGGCAAGGAAACAACAGUCGCUUACAGUGAGGCAAAAGCAACAAUCAAGGACUCUCCAUUGCCACGAACUCACCCUCUCUAUUGCCAGAAAACAACGCGAGAUUGCGGAAUGCAAGGAGCGGAUCAAGAAACAGAGGCAAAUGCAGACAGUGAAGGAGAUUCAUCACCAGCAGGAGAUGCAGACUAUCCGUGUGUUUCAGGAGUAUCAGGCUCGUCUACAGCUAACUCAGAUUGUACCAUUGGUUCAUGGAACUGGGACCAAUCGACACACGCUCGAGGCGGUUCUUCAGAAGACAGUGCAAGAAAUAUCCGACCUUCUGAAGCAAGUCGCUGUGGAGCAACCACACGCGACUCGAGGAUCAUUGGAGGGACGGAAUGGCAGCAUGCAGAGCUUGUACGAACACCUUCAGCAAACUAGCGACGGCGUGAGCCACUUUCUGGAAGUCAUUGCAGGAUCCAAGAAGGCCCAGCUUCUCGCACUCGGAUCUCUCAAGGACCAAAAAUCGACAGAGUCGGCAUCGGGGUCAGAAACUGCUACAAGUAGCGAGGCCGCCAGUCUUUUACACAUGUUUCGAGGACAUCACAUCGAGAGAGUGGUCCAAGUAGAAUCAGUACUCAACAAAGUAUCAGCCUGCGAACGCGAAAAGUCUCAACUGUACACUGAGAUGCGAUUCCGAGCCCAACGACGUGACCAAGAAAAAAAACCGAAUCAUUUCUUGCAGGAGUUGGAGGAGACCAAGGCACUUCUUCAGGGGUUGAGAACCGCACUGGAGUUUAUUCAGACUGAGCAGGAGAAUUUGGUUGAGAGGCUUAUGGCUGAAGACGAGCUGAGGGCGAAGAUUGAGAGCAUUGGACGGGCCUCCAGGGCGGCGGACCAGAAAUUGCGUCAGGCACAGCACAACGUCAGGAAAGUGACAGAGAUGGUACAAUUGAACCUCGAAAAGGCCCCUUCACUGGCCAACAGUAUCGCAAGCGACAUCACCGAAUCCCUUUCCCAGGGCCUCGCCCAACUCUCGACCUCCGUACAAGCCAGGAAUACCACCGGAGUGAACGAUAUCAAGAUCUUGCAGGACCUCACUCAACAGAGUCAAACUGUCUACGAGGCGAGUCAUGCCCACCUGAUCCCGCUCCCUGGACCAAGCUGGAGGGGAUCAUCGUUGUUGAGUAGCGGGUCUGGGAUGGAAACUGCUGGACUUGCCUGGUACGAAACUUCGGGAUCUGCGUCCCUGUCAGCGGACCAGCUCAUCUUUCAGAAGGCUAGACUUCAGAGCCACAAUAUGGUCCGUCAACUGACCGUCUCCAAAGCCAAGGACCUGAAUGCUCGACAUGCACGUUCCAACAACGAGACGAUCGAGUCCAUGAAAUCUACAACCUCGCAGAUUCUCUCCUCUUUGCCCUCGACAAUCGUUUCAACUUCUGAGACGACUUCACAAGAGGAUGAGGAAGGCGGUGGCGGCGCUUUGGGUGUCGACAGUCUGGACUCAAAAUUCGUGGCCGAGAUCAAAGAGAUUGCGGGAUCACUGACCAGAUAUGACGACGAAUAUCACACAGCACUGGCAAGCGAGAUUGAACACGUUCUUGUGGAGACAGAGUAUGCAGGUGCUGUAGCCGAGGAGGUUCGAUCGUUGGUCGACGAUGGUCACAAGAUCGCCUCUCGUUUCGAGACGACCCAAGGAUAUGGACAGGAACCGUCCAAGCAAAGUCGUAACACCACCUCUACUGGAUCAGCAGAGUCCAAGCGAAUGCGAUUCAUAUAA